UCUUGACGGUGGCGAACAAUACUAAAAUCGUCCCCACACAUCAGACCCGUACAAUCACCGCAACAUGCGCUCACCGUGAAAAACCUCACCGGUCCAAGAGAGAGCAAAAGAGGACAACUCAAAACUGACAUUUGAGCUUUUAGCUGAAGCUUCCAGUUAUCAUGGAGAAGAAGCAAUCAUCCUCAGCUGUCGGCAAAAUGAACGGCGUAGAUUUUUCUGAUCUCGCUUACGAAUCAGGAUUCGGCAACUCUUUCUCCUCCGAGGCCAUCGACGGUGCUCUGCCACCUGGACAGAACAAUCCUCUUGUUUGCCCCUACGGUCUCUACGCCGAACAGCUUUCCGGCACCUCCUUCACUUGUCCUCGCAAGCUCAAUCAACGCAGUUGGUUGUACAGGAUAAAGCCAUCGGUUACACAUGAACCAUUCAAGCCUCGAGUACCUUCUCAUGGAAGGCUUGUGGGUGAAUUUGACAAAUCUAACAGUUCUACCACCCCAACUCAGUUAAGGUGGAGGCCGUUGGAUAUUCCUGAUUUGCCGACUGAUUUCGUUGAUGGAUUAUACACAAUAUGUGGGACUGGAAGCUCAUUUCUUCGGCAUGGAUAUGCUAUUCACAUGUACACUGCCAACAAAUCAAUGGAAAACUCUGCCUUCUGCAAUGCAGAUGGCGACUUUUUGGUGGUUCCCCAAAAAGGAAGGCUGUGGAUUACCACUGAAUGUGGAAGAUUACAAGUCUCUCCUGGUGAAAUUGCUGUUUUACCCCAAGGUUUUCGUUUUGAUGUAAGUUUGCCAGAUGGCCCAUCACGCGGUUAUGUUGCAGAGAUUUUUGGUGCCCAUUUUCAGCUUCCUGACCUUGGUCCAAUAGGAGCUAAUGGUCUGGCCGCGCCAAGGGAUUUCCUUACUCCUAAAGCCUGGUUUGAAGAGAAAUCCUGUCCAGGAUAUACAAUUGUGCAAAAGUUUGGCGGGGAACUGUUUACUGCAAAACAAGACUUUUCUCCUUUCAAUGUAGUUGCUUGGCAUGGUAAUUAUGUGCCAUAUAAGUAUGAUCUCAGUAAGUUCUGCCCCUAUAAUACUGUUUUAGUUGAUCAUGGUGAUCCAUCUAUAAAUACAGUUCUGACAGCACCAACAGAUAAACCUGGUGUGGCCCUGCUUGACUUUGUCAUUUUCCCUCCUAGAUGGUUGGUGGCUGAGCAUACAUUCCGACCUCCAUAUUACCAUCGUAAUUGCAUGAGUGAGUUUAUGGGCCUGGUAUAUGGUGGAUAUGAGGCAAAAGCAGAUGGGUUUCUCCCAGGCGGUGCAAGCCUUCACAGCUGUAUGACUCCCCAUGGUCCUGAUACUAAGACAUUCGAGGCUACCAUUGCACGUGGAAAUGAGGCAGCACCAUAUAAAAUCACUGAUACCAUGGCCUUUAUGUUUGAAUCGUGUUUAAUUCCCAGAAUCUGCCCAUGGGCUCUUGAAUCUCCCGCAAUAGAUCCUGAUUAUUACCAGUGCUGGACUGGGUUAAGAUCCCAUUUCUCUAGUGAAGUAAAGGAUAAUGUAAGCUUUGAGGAGAGUCGGAAUGGACAGCACUGAGCCUUGGAUUAGGCUAUUAUGUAAGUGAUUCGAUUGAUCUUCAGGCAUUAGUUAUUCCCUGGUA